AUGUAUUGUUCAUUUGCAGUUCAUUACUAUGUGGCAAAAGAAGGUGAAGCUUUGAUUGUGGCUUGCCCUUUAUAUCCACAAGCUGGCUUCCAAAUUGAUUGGUAUGUUACACAAACAAAUGAAAGCAUUCCUGCCAGAGAAGGAGAACGCAGAUAUUCCUCCAGAGAUAUGCUCAAGUUCCUACCAACUUUGGUAGAAGAUGCUGAAAACUACACUUGUAUCCAGCAAAGCAACAAUUCCAGGGAAUCUGCAUUGGUGAAUGUGAAGAUAUACCCCAAACAAGCUGGCUGUGUCACCCCAAAUGAUUUGAUCUAUCGGUUUCCAAAUGAGUUAUCAACCAUCUAUUGCCCUAAUCUUGAUACCUAUAAUAAUUCAGGUGACAUUCAGUGGUUUCAGAACUGCAAACCCUUGCGUGACGCAAAAUAUUUCUCAAGGAAGGACUUCUUGCUGAUCAUAGGUGCAACUGAAGCCGAUUCAGGAAAUUACACCUGCCACUUUGUCCACAAUGAAAAAGGAACUAUUUAUCCAGUGACUGCAACAGUAGAAUUCAAAUUUAAAGAGAGACGAACCUCACUUCAUCCCAAAAUUAAAAUCCCUCCUAACAAUGCUGUGGAAAAAGUGAAACUUGGUGCCCCUGUAGCCAUUUCCUGUUCAGCCUGCUUUGGGACAGGUCCCCAGGAGAUAGCUAUUCUCAAGUGGCUUGUUGAUGACACCAUUAUUCAUAGCUUCAAGGACUCCAGAUUUCAUGAGUAUCCAGAAGAAAUGCUUUCAGCAAGCAAUCAACUCUCUUGCAUGAACAACACAUUAAAAAUCACACGAGUGGAAGACAAUGAUUUCUCUUCUGAGUUUCAAUGUGUGGCCAUAAACCAGCAUGGAUGGACAGCACACUAUAUUACAUUAAAAAAGAAAGAGUCAUAUGGGAAAAUCUAUGAUGCUUAUGUUGUUUACCCCAGAAAUGACAAAAUUAGCACUGAUGGCGCAAAUUCUAUGGAAUAUUUUGUUCACAAAAUCCUCCCGGAUGUUCUGGAAAGUAAAUGUGGCUACAACUUAUGUAUUUAUGGACGAGAUCUGCUACCUGGGGAAGAUGCGGCCAGUGCGGUGGAAAUGAGCAUUCACAAGAGCCGGAGGCAAAUGAUCAUCUUAGACCAUCAGGUGAUGCACUGUGAAGAGUUUGCCUAUGAGCAAGAGCUCGCCCUGCACAGCGCCAUGAUACAGAAUGACUCCAAAGUGAUUGUGAUCGAGAUGGAGGGAGCCGGUGACUACAGUGGGCUGCGGGAGUCCCUCAGGCACAUUAUUAAACGGCAAGGCACCAUCAAGUGGAAGGAAGACCACGUGGCAGAUAAACGCUCCCUGAACUCUAAGUUCUGGAAGCAAAUAAGAUGCCAGAUGCCUUUGAGAAAGACAUUUGGAGGUUUACACUGCAACCAGAGCUGGAUUAAUCCUGGUGCCCAGAAACCCCACACCUCUAAGAACCUCGGACAGUUGCUGAUGCACACAGGUGGGGGUGAAAAUGAGUUCCAUAUGCCCUCCCACCCACUGGUGAAAUGGUUCCUUUGGUUUAGUUUUGAUCUAAUGCUUUCAAGUCUGAAUAAAAAACGGAAGCAUCUAGGUUUCAGUUUGAUAGUGGACACUAAAGCUCUUCCUGAAAUUGCUCUGGGCAUUCCUUCCCAUCACGUUGGCUCCUGA